AUGUCGACACUCGAUGCUAGGUAUAAUUCUGACAACAACAGCAAAUUUGAAGUGGAGAUACAGCCAACGCAUGCAGACGAUUAUCUAACAUCUGGAUAUCAUAUUACGUUUAGACUAUGCCAAUCAGACAAAGAACCUGUAAGUCUCAUAACUCUAGUGUGCGGUGGCACUGCACUCGUUUCAAACAAGGACCUGGUAGUUUUUAUGAUCGUAACUUAUCGUAUUUCACGAGCGACCUUAAGAGGUCCCAUCGGCAGAAACAUAUAUGACGAGAAUAUUAGUAAGAAGGAUGUCAUACAUAUCCGCGGUAACCGUGUUGCCACUAAAAGCGAAAGCGUUGUCGUGAUCAGCAACGUCGAGUUCAUGCAAGCCUAA